AUGUUCAGAUUACGGACAAUAUCGCUAUGGUCCUUCGCUGGGAUUUCCAUUCUCUUAAUUGCAUCAUACGUGACGUAUGCCCCUGUAUCGAAGGCCGACGCACAGCUUCGCCCAUUCCCUCAGGAGGUUAAAUGUCCAGAAAGUUUAUCUGACGCAAGAAACAAAUCUCGUAUUACAACACAAGGGGGUCGGAUAUUUUUCCUUGAAACCUCCGAGAGGACAAUCCCCAACUUUCAGGCCAUGUGUGCCGUAGAAUCUGCUGCCAUCACCCACCCAAACACCAAAGUCACUGUCUUCAUGAAAGGAUUAUCCAGCCAGACCCUCCCGCUGCCACGGAACCUCGGAUUUUCGUUCCUAAGCUGUUUCCCCAAUGUUGAAUUUGCACCUUUGAACUUUAAGGAACUUUUUGCCAACACCCCUCUCAGUGGUUGGUACACUGCGGUGGAAAAAAACGAGCAGUUUUCUGACUUUCCCAUCGAUUCUGAUGCCUGCCGGCUGGCUAUCCUCUGGAAGUCAGGAGGUAUCUACUUAGAUACUGAUUUCAUAAUCCUGAAGAAUCUAGAAAAUCUCACAAACAUGAUAGGAAUGCAAUCUCUGUAUACGCUAAAUGGCGCUUUCUUAGCCUUCGAGGCCCGGCAUCGGUUUAUUAAGUUGUGCAUGGAGGACUUUGUUAACAGAUAUAAUUACUGGUUUUACGGACAUCAAGGACCUCAGCUCCUGACUCGGGUUUAUAAAUGGUGGUGUUUGAUCCAUAGAUUAAGGGACCGAAAAGAGUGCAGGGGAGUCAGUAUACUCCCUAAAGAAGCCUUUUACCCGGUUGACUGGCAGGACUGGAGGAAACUUUUUGAGACUAUCAGCAGAAAAGACCUUAAAGUGCUACUAAUGAACACAUAUGGCCUCCACCUCUGGAAUAAGAAGAGCCAGGGAGGGCAACACAAGGAGGGAUCGAUGAUAGAUCAGUUAGAAGCAGAAUUCUGUCCUGAAACAUAUAAACUAAUGAAGAUGUGUCUUUGA